CUAUUAGUUCAGCAAGUGAUAGACAUUUGAUUGAAUGCAUGGAGUGAUGAAUAAUCUUUGAAAUGUUUUCGUAAUGAAAAGCAUUGAAAAACAUUUGUAAAUAUCAUUGCAAUUAAUAACAAAACGUUUGAUUCAUUUGUUGUCGCAAUAACUGUGUGAAUGAAUGCCUGAAUGCCAUCCCUUUUGUUGUGUUAAACUAUUUUCCACAAAACGUAUCAUUCAUUGAAAGUGAAUGUGAGGCAAGAGUCGUGAAGACAACGAGUGGUAAUGCCUUCUGCGCCGACAUUAGGCCAACAAACCAAUGGUCACCACAACCACAACCAUCAGACCAAUGGUCAGAAUAGUUCGCCCAACCAUAUGAUGUCCAACGAUGACUGUGGCAUACGGGAGGUGUGGGCACACAAUCUGCUCAUGGAGUUCAAGGAGAUCCGCAAAAUCGUGCUGAAGUACCCGUUCGUGGCGAUGGACACGGAGUUCCCGGGAGUAGUGGCCCGUCCUAUAGGCGAGUUCCGCAGCAAUUCUGACUAUCAGUACCAACUGUUGCGCUGCAAUGUGGACCUCCUGAAGAUCAUCCAAUUGGGACUGACCUUCUUGGACGCGAAGGGCGACACCCCCACCGGCCCCUACAGCACCUGGCAGUUCAACUUCAAGUUCAAUCUGUCCGAAGACAUGUUCGCUCAGGACUCCAUCGACCUGUUGACCAACUCUGGCAUUCAGUUCAAGAAGCACGAGGAGGAGGGCAUCGAUCCCUACGACUUCGCUGAGCUACUCAUGAGCUCCGGUAUCAUUCUGUGCGAUAACGUCCGGUGGCUGUCCUUCCAUAGCGGCUACGACUUUGGGUAUCUGUUGAAGAUUCUCACGGAUCAGAACCUCCCGUCACAAGAGUCACAGUUCUUCGAGUUAUUGCGGAUCUAUUUCCCCGUCAUCUAUGAUGUCAAGUAUCUCAUGAAAAGCUGUAAAAACCUUAAGGGAGGCCUUCAAGAGGUGGCGGAUCAGUUGGAACUGGAGCGCAAGGGUCCGCAGCAUCAGGCGGGCAGUGAUAGUCUGCUGACAGGCGUCGCCUUCUUCAAGAUGAGGGAAAUGUUCUUCGAGGACAACAUCGAUGACGCGAAAUAUUGCGGCCAUUUGUAUGGUUUGGGCACCGCUUUCGUGGUGAACGGCAAUUACGAUGAGAACAACAGCUCGAAUGCCAUCACUCCGACCACUACCACCACUAACACCCCGGCGCCCAACGCAACCCCUUCUGAUUAUAAGUGAUAAUUUAAGACAUGAGAUGAAUAUCGCCAUCGAUUUUAAUUUUACUGAAAGAAACUUUUAUUUCGAUUUUACUAAUACUAACGCAACGC